CUUGAAUAUGGCCGAUUUUGUACCAGAGGAAAUAGAUCUUAAAAACAUAAUGGAUGGGAUGAGUCAGGAUAAACUGGAUGAGUUCAAGGAGAUAUUUUCAUUCUUCGACAGAGAUGGGGGUGGUGAUAUAACUUCAGCAGAACUUGGACAGGUGAUGAGAACGUUUGGAUGGAACCCUACAGAGCUAGAGGUUCAGGAGCUGAUAAGUGAGGUGGAUCAGGAUGGAAACGGAGUAAUCAGCUUUAAUGAAUUUCUCUGGCUGAUGACAAGAGAGGUUCAUGAUGCUGAUGUUGAAGAGGAGAUACGUGAAGCGUUCAGAGUCUUCGACAAGGAAGGAAACGGUUUCAUUACCGUUGCAGACUUAACGGCUGUAAUGGAGAAUUUGGGGGAAAAGUUGACAAAAGAGGAAACUAUGGAGUUGAUAAACGAGGCGGAUCUGGACGGGGAUGGACAUGUAAACUACGACGAGUUUGUUGCCAUGCUCUUUAAGAGACCAACUCCUGCUGCACCUGUACAAAAGGAGAAGAGAAACAAAGUCGGAGGGAUUGUGUUUGUUUAAAGAGAAAAUCGGAGGCGUCAUUUUUGUCAAAUUUUGGAUAUCGAAGGCGCCAUCUUUGUUUUAAAGAGAAUGUAUGAUGGAAAAAGUGUUAUCGAACAUACUAAUAAAGACCAUCGGAGGCAUCAAUCACCCUUUGAAAAAUUAGACAAUCGGGGGCACAUGUUCGUAAUUUGUCAUGGUAAUUUGGUUUCUCUUCAAUGUACUAAAUCGGAGGGAACAGUUUUUUCUAAAACAUAUCGAAGAAAUUGUAACAAUGUUUCAAAGAUUAUAAUGUUUAAAAAUUAAUCAGUGGAAUUAAAUUACAAAAUAGUGUAACACCAGGGUACUAUUAUUAUCAGUAAAAUGUAAACAAUAAUCAAGAUUAGGUGGAUCAAUGUAAACAAUAAUCAAGAUUAGGUGGAUCAAUGUAAUUUCAUUUUCUUCUUUUAACCCCUUCAAGCGAUGUAAUAAAACCUUUAUUUUUUAAGUUUGCUAAAAAAAUUUUAAAACAAAAUAUAUGUUUAUGAUAAAACUAUUAAAUAAAAUUAUAAUGUUUUUCAAAACCUUCAUGCUUCUUGCAGGCCGAUCAACUCUGUGAAAAUGAGCUCUCAUAGGAAAAAGUUGGAAGGUGAAGGAAAUGAAAAGUGCACACUAGCCACUAACUAUAACUUGAUAAUCCCUAUAUCUCUGCAACCUUAUGCAACACUUCUGAUGGUCCAAGUGUGAAAUAUCAAAGUUUUACGCCGUAAGGUGACAAAGAUAUAAGGGUUAAAAAAUUAAAAUUUUUGGAAAGUGAUCAGUUCCUAUAUACUAUUAUAACUAUUUGUAUUUCUGAAAAAUCAUUAAUUUGAAAACUUGUAUUUUUUCUUAUUUUGAAGCAAAUUUGAUAUUUCUUAAUAAAUGUCAUAUCAAAUGUAUUAUGUAUGUUUGAUUCCUAAUGUUUUAGAUAAACAUAAUCAAAAUGAUUAUAAAUAUAACAUGCAGGGAAGGGAUACCUAAUCAAAAUAGUAUUAUAUUGAUCAUAAUUCUAAUGAUUUCUGGGACUAGAGGCAGAAUUUAAAGAUUUUAAACUGCAUCGCUGAUCCGACAAAACCUGUUUUAAUUGAGCGCCGGCUGUAAUCUCGAAACACAAUUUCAAGUGGAACCAACCAUGUUUGAACUGCUUCUCAUAUUUGAGCCGCCGCUCAAAUUAAUUAAUAAUUUGAGAGAAGGUGCUGAACCACAUAAACAUAUAUCUAGAGAUGAGUGCGGUUUGUUUUCGUUUUCAUUUCUUUCAUUUCUUUCAUUUCUUUCAUUUCUUUCAUUUCUUUCAUUUCUUUC